UCGCUGACAGGCGUGAAUGGAGGGGAGCCGUCUGGGAGGGGAGGACCGCACCUCCCAGGUUGAGCCAAUCAGGAACGCUGCCGGGCGGCCCCCCAGAGAGCAGAUGGCCGCUGAUAUAUAGUGGAAUGGGCGCAUCUGAUGCAACACUUGAACGGAGAUAACACCCCGAGCAUCGCGUCAGCGCGCAGGAGGAGCAGCAGCAGCAGCAGCUCGAAGCAGGAAGCCGCAUCACUCCUCUGCUUUUAUUUUACUAGAGCAAUUCACGCGUUUCGCCGUUUUAUUUUGCGCCGAUUAUCAUCACCGGUACCGACAUGCCUGUUAUCAGAAUCCUCAACAAGGUAGCCAAGCAGGCCCUGCUCAGCACACCGGGCUGUGGCUGCCAGCCUCUGACGGUGGCUGUGCGUACCAUCAGCUUCUCCCCCCGGCAGGUCACAUCGGAUGCAAGCUUCCACUCUGUGUCUUUCUCAGAAACGGAUCAUCCCAAGGUGCUAAUCACAGGUGGUCUGGGGCAACUCGGAGUUGGACUAGCCAAACAGCUGAGGAAGAGGUUUGGCAAGAACAACGUCAUUCUGUCCGACAUCAGGAAACCUCCUAACAACGUAUUUCACAGUGGUCCCUUUAUCUACUCCGACAUCCUAGACUACAAGAACCUGCGAGAAAUUGUGGUGAACAACCGCAUCACUUGGCUGGUUCACUACAGCGCCCUCCUCAGUGCAGUCGGAGAGGCUAACGUGGCCUUGGCACGCUCCGUGAACAUCACUGGGCUUCACAAUAUCCUGGACAUUGCAGCAGAGCACGGCCUGCGACUGUUUGUCCCCAGCACCAUCGGAGCCUUUGGCCCCUCUUCGCCCCGUAACCCGACACCAGAUAUGUGUGUGCAGAGACCUCGCACUAUCUAUGGCGUUUCCAAAGUGCACGCUGAGUUAAUGGGAGAGUAUUACCAUCACCGCUAUGGCCUGGACUUCCGCUGUCUCCGUUAUCCAGGAAUCAUCUCGGCAGACACCAUGCCCGGGGGUGGCACGACAGACUACGCGGUUCAGAUCUUUCACGACGCAAUCAAGACGGGGAAGUUUGAGUGCAACCUGAGGCCCGACUCGCGGCUACCCAUGAUGUACAUCGACGACUGCCUGCGCGCCACCCUGGAGGUGAUGGAGGCGCCCGCCGACACGCUGAGCAUGAGGACGUACAACAUCAACGCCAUGAGCUUCACGCCCGAGGAGCUGGCCCAGGAGCUCAGGAAGCAGAUGCCGGAGCUGGAGGUCACAUACAACAUCGACCCUGUACGACAGGCAAUCGCCGACAGCUGGCCCAUGAACUUUGACGACUCCAACGCACGGAAGGACUGGGGCUGGAAGCACGACUACGAUCUGCCAGAGCUGGUCCAGACGAUGCUUAACUACUUAGGGGUGGAGACGCGCAUGGCUCAGGCCAACUGAAACUUCACGUUAGAGUACAUUGCUUGUAUAUAAAGUAAAAUCUUUACCAAAGAGAAUAGAGAAACUUGAUCUGUACAUGAUUGUUCUCUCGAUUCUCUGAGAACAAAUUCCUAAAGGGCUGCGCUCGCCUGCUACACCGGCUACCGUCUCUACAGAAUGUGAAGGCGACAGAAAACCUUCUGCUGAACAUCUGCUCUUGGUUUUCUCGUUUUUUUUUUUUCCCCUCUGUACUUCUUGGACAUUUGGGUUAAAAGUGGAGUGGCGUAGUCUUUGUCACAGUGAACAGUUGGGUCAGUGGCAACGCCUGGAUUACCAGGAGGAAGACCGCAGAAUUGCACAGAAUUCUGCGACAUUGUCUGAUAUUCUUGAUUUUUCAAAAUCAUGGGAAAUGCUGAUUGUGCUUUUUAUUGUCUCCCCCCCCCCCCCCCCCCCCUCGGGUUAGGUGUAUAUAUUUUUUCUCAUGGAUGCAAAUCCGUUACAACAUUGAGUAUAAAGGUAGUUUCUUUGGAUGCGGUCAUUGUGAGGGGGGGGGGGGGGGAUGACAAAUGAGCUUAAAGAUCUGGGGAGCUGAUUAACUGAUACCACUAGGUAAUUAGUUCGUUUUCCAUGUACUGUUAUUUAUUCUUUCCUGUUAAAUGUUGCCGAAGCUUUAUUGCCUCAAAGCAUUUGACGCUAUCUUGAAGUUUUUCCUCUUCAGUUUUUGUUAUUUAAUUGUUUUGUUCUUUUUCCACUAGCGCUGAUUUUUAUUUUGACGAAAACAAAACGGGGGCGAAACGUGACUCCAAACGUCACGUCCGCGUUUGGAAAUAUUUAGGUCGUGUCUGCUAAAGAGAUUACUUAUUUCUGUUUGUAUGUGAGUGAGGUUCUUCCAGCUCUUUCGAUCAGAAAAUAAAUUUCACAUUAAAUAUUUCCAUAUAA